CCGGUUAGUAUUUUUCUGUGUGUCUCGUCUUUCGGUUGUGUUAUUUUUAUUUUGUGAAUUUGUGAUUAACACCGUUUAGUUGUGUACGUAUGUUUAAGUGAUAAUUAAUAGUCAAAAUGCCUGUGUUUCACACUAAAAUCAUCGAGAGUAUUCUAGAUCCGGUCGCUCAACAGGUCUCCCGGCUGGUGAUUCUGCAUGAAGAGGCAGAAGAUGGCAACGCAAUGCCGGACCUGGCGCGGCCCGUGCAGGCCGUGUCUCUCGCCGUCAACAACCUCGUCAAGGUUGGUCACGAGACGAUCGAGUCGUCUGACGACGCGAUGCUGCGACAGGACAUGCCGGGCGCGCUGCACCGCGUCGAGACCGCCGCCACGCUCCUACAGCAGGCGUCCGACAUGCUGCGCGCCGACCCUUACUCAGGACCUUGCCAGGAAAAAGCUGAUAGAAGGCUCCCGCGGCAUCUUGCAAGGCACGUCCGCUCUUCUUCUUUGCUUCGACGAGUCGGAAGUCAGGAAAAUUGUGAAAGAAUGUAAAAAGGUGCUAGACUACCUAGGCGUGGCGGAGGUGAUCGACACCAUGGAGGACCUGGUGCAGUUCCUGAGGGACAUCUCGCCGGCGCUGUCAAGAGCGGCCAGAGAGGUGGCGGCCCGCGCGGCAGAGCUGACUCACCCGCCGCACGCGGAGACUCUCGCGCAGUGCCUCGAGAGCGUCAAGCAGCUCGCGCCGGUGCUCAUCUGCUCCAUGAAGAUAUACAUACACAUACUCACUGAAGGUGGCAAAGGUAUAGAAGAAGCGGCCGAGAACAGAAACUAUCUCGCGCAGAGAAUGUCCGACGAGAUCCAUGAGAUUAUACGAGUGCUGCAACUGACGUCUUACGUAGAAGACGGCGGUGAGAAGGACAACAUCACCGUGUUGAAAGCCUUGCAGAAUCAGAUACACACCAAGAUGGGUGCCGCACAUGAUUUCUUGAAUGACCCGCUGUCGCUGCGUAACAGCGGCGGCGAGCGUGCCCUGCGCGCCGUGCUCACCGCCGCGCGCCGCGCCGCAGAGCAUCUUGCGCCUGCGCACGCCGACCCCGUGCGCGCGCACGUGCGGUCAGGCGGCAUCAACGCGGACCACCUGUGCGACGAGCGGCAGUACGGCAGCGGCAGAGAGCCCAAGGCGCUCAGCCUCGCCGCCGAGCUGCGCGCGCAGCUCAACCAACUCGACGCGCUCGUCAACGACGGCGUGCGCGCCGCCGAGAAGCAGGGCGGCAAGUCCAUGCAGGCCAGGUUGGAGACGGCUCACAAGUGGCUGUUGCAUCCAGCUGCAGACCCCACCACCAGGGUCGAGGGACAGAAGGCGAUCAACAGCAUCGUCUCACAAGGACAGAGGAUCGCGGACGGCCUCCAAGGGCGUGAGAAGGCGGAGAUCCUGCAGCUGUGCUCGGAUGUGCAGCGGCUCUCCGACAAGCUUGCUGACUUGUGCAUGAGCGGCAGAGGGGACAGCGACGACGCGAGGGCCAUUACUAGGGAGCUGACGGACAAGCUGCACGAGCUGAAGCGCGCCACGGAGCGGGCGGUGGUGAACCGCGUGGUGGAGGAGUUCAUCGACGUGGCCGCGCCGCUCCGGCUCUACAGCGACGCCGUCAACGCGCCGCUCGGCACGGCGGGGCGCUCGGCUCGUGCGGAGGAGCGCGGCGCCGCGCUGCAGACGUUCAGCGCGCGCGCCGCCGCCGCCGCCGCGCUCGUGGCCGCCGGCGCCGGCCACCACAAGCGCCUCGCCGACCAGCUGCUGCACUACGGGGAACAGGUGGAUAAACUCUCGCCUCAACUGAUAGCGGCGGGCAAGAUUCGUCUCUUGUACCCGGAGAGCAAGGUAGCCGAGGAGCACUUCAAUAACUUGAAGAGUCAGUACGCGGACGCGGUGCUGCGCGUGAGGGACCUCUGCGACCAGGCCGUCGACCCGCUGGACUUCGUGAGGACCGCUGGAGAACUGAUGCAGAAACACACGUAUUUGUGUGAAGACGCCAUAAGGAACAACGACUCGCAAAAGAUGGUCGAUAACACCUCAGCUAUUGCAAGACUGGCGAACCGCGUGCUGCUCGUGGGCGGGGCGGAGCGCGACAACACGGAGGACAGCGAGUUCGGGAGGGUGCUGGGCGCCGCGCAGGCGCGCCUGCAGGCCGCCAUCGCGCCCGCCGUGCGCGCCGCCAAGCAGGUCGCGCUCGGCGACCGCGCGCACGCGCCGCUCUGGAGGCAGGCCAACGCAGAGAUCAUCAACGCGGCAUCGGAAGUGGAGUCUGCGCUGGGCGGUCAGUACGCGCCGCCGCCGCCGCCGCCGCUGCUGCCCGAGGCGCUGUCGCGGCUGCAGGUGUCGGAGGCGGCGCCGCCGCGCCCGCCGCCGCCCGCCGCCGCCGCGCCGCCGCGCCCGCCCCCGCCCGCCGACACUGAUGACGAGGGCGAGGAUAUCUUCCGCAGGCAGCCGCACCCGAGUCAGCCUAUCUUGGUGGCGGCCCACAACCUCCACAAGGCGGUGCGCGAGUGGUCGUCGAAGGACAACGAGAUCAUCGCGGCCGCCAAACGAAUGGCAAUUCUCAUGGCGCGACUCUCCGAGCUCGUGCGCUCCGACUCUAAAGGCAGUAAGCGCGAGCUGAUCGCGACCGCGAAGGCGAUCGCCGAAGCUUCGGAGGAGGUGACACGCCUCGCCAAGAAACUCGCCCUGGAGUGCACCGACAAGAGGAUCAGAACUAACCUGCUGCAAGUGUGUGAGAGGAUUCCGACUAUCGGCACGCAGCUCAAGAUCCUGUCCACUGUCAAGGCGACCAUGUUAGGAGCGCAAGGAAGCGAGGAAGAUCAAGAGGCGACUGAAAUGUUGGUCGGAAAUGCUCAGAACUUGAUGCAGAGCGUGAAAGAGACAGUGAAGGCGGCAGAGGGCGCGUCGAUCAAGAUCCGCACGGAGCAAGGCGGCUACCGGCUGCGCUGGGUGCGGCGCUCGCCCUGGUACCAGAUCUAACUACAGCGUGCCGGUCUCGUCUCCCUACUGCUCCCAUGUAAUACACUACAAGGUUUUCUGACAUUGUUUAAUAGGAAUUAUUUCAAACUAGACUACAAAAUUAUAUUUUACAAGAGUAUGAAAUGAUUCAGAAGAUGCAGUGUAUAUUAAGCUUCAAUAUAUCGAUGUUUCUCGACCCCUUUCUCGGAGUUAUUUUUUUUAAUGUUUCAAAAUAGGCUUUAUAAUAAUUAACAUGUGAAAGUUGUGUCUUACAUAGGGUGAGGCCGGGGUUAGCUCGAGGUUCUGCUAUUUGAUACGUAUUUCGUCCUCCCUCCUUUCUCGGUGUUUAACACGUAAGAAAACACGAGUAAGAUUUUGUUAGGACUGUUUGAGUAAAUACAGAGCGUAGAAAAAAGAUUAAGACAGGGGUCAGUCAGUGUAGGGUUUCAAAGUUCUAAAAUGCGUAUUAAAAUAUUAUUAAUGUGUCGAUUUUUUUGUGGAAAAUAUAUCGAUAAGUAGGGAGAUAGAAACUAAAUGACUUAUUGUCUAUAUUUUCAGCUGGCAUACAAAAGCGACUAGCGACUGUUGCUAGUUCAAAGCUGUUUUAGAUUAUAACAGUUCGUAAAGGUGUAAUAAAAUUUCGUGAAUUCGAUGAUUGUGGUAUUUGCAGCUAUUUUUGAUUUGGUAUUUAAUUGUUUAUGUAGUUAAGGUGGUUAACAUUAUUUUUUUAUUUAUUAUGCAAAGGCUUUGUGGGUCAUGGUCGAUAUAUUUAUCGAUACUUUUUGUAUUGCAGUUUAUUUUAUGUAUUAAUAGCAUAAGUUUAAAAUAAACUGUGCGAGAAUGAAAACAUCAUAAUAUAUUUAAAAAAAAAAACAAUAAAUUCUACACAAAAUAAAGGACAAAAAUGUUAAGAGAAAACAUCACUACAAAAAAUAUCGAUAAAUACAUUCGAGUACGUGACAAUUUUUUUUCAACAACGAAUGUAAAAAUGUACCGAAAAAUAAUUUAUAUAAGCGAAACGUAAGUUCUAAAAGUGAGUGUGAUUCGAGAAAGUAAGUGCCAUGGAGUUAGUGCUUUAUAUUAGUCUAGAUUCUAGAUCUAGUGUCUAACUAUGUCUAAUACUAUUCACAUACCGUUUUUCAAUAAACAAUUCCAAUUGCUUUUCGAUCCAUUGGAGAACUAAUCAGAAUGAUUUUGUGACAUGCUUACCAGUGGCGAGGGGUCAAUUUUCAAAAGGCAAAAAAUUGCCUUAGUUAACAUAUAACGGGCAAUUUAACAGAAAACAAAAACUAAGACAAACGAAAAUAAACCUAAAAUGAAAGAUGGUAGGUAUCAAGUUGUAUGCACGCUUCGCCACUGAUGCUUACAGACUGAUUAGUCUAUUCCCGGAUCGGAUCGAAGAUUAAGAUUGGGUUUGUUUAUUAAAACGGCGGUUAGUGUAAGUAAUUAGUAUAACCUACUUGACCUAAUCCAGAAAUAUAUAUUGUCUUCUCACGGAUAUGUAUAUAUAUAGUGCUUUAUCUCUUCCCUUUAUUGUAUUAAUUUAGAGUUCUUGUUAUAAUAUAGUAUAUAUUAUUUAUCGAAUGAUCUACCGUAUUUAAAACUGAAUACGAUAGCCAUAUUCGAGGGUUAUCGGUGCAAGGUAAAGUGUACCAUGUCUGCAAAGAAAUUAAGUCAUAGGUCGUUUAUCUAUGGCGCGUGCAACACACAAGUUGCGCGUGUGUGAGUAAACACGUCAGUCGUCAAGUAUCGAUAAAGUCAAAAUAAAGUAUAUUUUGUUUGCGUCUAUGUAUCUGACCCUUCAAUUAUAAUAUGAUUUUUUUACAUACACAAACUGACAAGCCUUUUAUCACCGAGGAGGUAGAUAGAAGUUCAACAGAUGCCUCUACUUUUCGCCGUGUGUAUAACAUACCUUGAUAUGACAGGGGGACCUAUCGCUGUAUCGGGCACAGAUUCCAGACCUCCGGCUGAUACAGAGUAAAAACCCAAUAUAAUUCACGUCUCGGGUAUUGAACCCGAGAACUCAGCACGGCAGUCGUAAUACAACUACGUCAACGAGACGGUCGCAUUUUUAACAUACUUUGUAAAAUUGUUAUGUUGCAGCUUAAGUUGGCAUAUUUAAAGUUAACAAAUAAAUUUUCUAACAGUUAAAUUGGUAGAAAAAAAUGGCGAUCUGAUUUUAAAGUCUCUUUUAAUUUUGUAUUUGCUAUUAUUACUUCGCAUUGGCAAAAUUACCGAUAAAUAAAAUGUGGCAGGCUUAAUAUAAAAGAAGAAGAAUAGUUAAAUCCACAGGUGCGAAUAAAUAAAUGUUAUUGAAACGGAAACUAUGGUUUAAAUCGUUCGACUAAUCGCACCACAUUUUGUAACUUAAAGUAAUGUUGCAAGGUUUAUUUUCCUGUAACUAUUGUUUAUCUAUCUCGUAUUUUUCCUGUUUAUGGAACAAGCCAAUCUUUUAUUUUUAACAGUCAUUGAAUUGAAAUCUGUGUGUUUUUACAAAGUAUUGUAUUUCCAAUAUAUAUGUUUUUCCUAUUGUAAAAAAAUGCGAAUAAUCACAUAUAGGCUACAGUGUAGUCACUUGAUCUAUUAAUAUACAGCAUGUGGUAAAAACCGAACGGUUCAUUAUAAGUUUUUGAGAAUCGGAAUAUAUUUUAUCCCAUAUUUCAUUUCAUAAUAACCUUGCGGUGAAUGACAAGGAUAUAUUGUACCUAUUUAUACAUAAAUAUUAUACAAAUUACGUCUCCAUGCAAAUAAAUGUGACCAGCACAGAAGGAGGAAACUGUACCAGAGUUUUUAGACAAGAUGCCUUCCUACAAUCAGUAAUACUAAUAGAGAAUAAAAAAAUAGGAUAUCUCAACUAUAAAUGUACCAUGGCGAUGUUACAAUCACAUUUUUUUAUUAAUAUUUAAAUCGCAAUCCAAAGACCGGCUACCAGACUUCAAGCAAUAGCUCAUUCUGCGCAGAUCAGACCUUCAACAGAUAAAUUAAAAAUAAACAAUUGUAAAGUGAAGGUAGGCAUUGUAAAUUUGACUUUCGGGCAACCUACACUUCAGUUCGAUCCGUGAUCACGAAGGCUGCAGUAUUCGAAACGUCGGAAGAAAUUAAAAAUUAAGAAAUAUUAUAAAAUUCGAUAACUAUAUUUUUUAUGUAGAAAGGUAUCUUGUCCAAGGCCUUUGGACUACACUGUCUGAGCUAAUGCAAUCUCUGCUGUGCCAGGGUAAAAUAAUCGGCCUGUGUAUACAAGCCCUUUUUAUGGAUAAUGCAUCUAGUACAGAAUUACAUCCAUUAGGUAUCUAACAAUCUAAAUAGAUAGAGAGAAUUUUACACUCUCCUAUAUUUAGAAUAGUUUGAAAAAAAUAUACUACUUGUUUUUGUUAUCUAAUUUUAUAUAUGUAUAUCUAUAUAUAUAGUUUUCUUCCUUUCAUAAUCUUUAGAAAUAUGUAAUUAAAAAUGUAUGCUAAUGGUUCUAGAAUAAUACAGAUCUCCGUAUAUCACCUACAUUAUGUAAGGAAUAUAUUUUUGUAUGUGUAUGAAUGGUGUACGCUGCGGUAACCUAAUUAUAUUUUACGUAAUGCAAAAUCGGAUGUUCGAUAACUGGUAAAGUAAUAAGGACCGUAAGUACUUGGAAUUAAUGUCUAGAUUUGCAUGCAUGUCCAUUACUGUCAAUUUGAGUUAGCUACAGGUAAAUGUAAUAUUGUUAAGUAUUAAAUAAAAUCUAUGAGUAAUCGGUGUGCAUAAAAAAAUACGAACACGCUUAUUGAGAACACCCUUUUUUAAAGUCGGUUAAAAGCGCUGAAAAGGUGCAUUUUCUUGAAUUUUUUUUUUAAUGAAGAAUAUUAGAAUAUUCGGUUUUGCAUUAAAGAUGUGUAAUGUAUAUAACUCUAUAACAUUUGUAUCAUGUUUUUUUUUUUAUAAUUUUUGUCUUUACCUUUUUUUGUUAUUAUAUAAUCAUUUUUUAUGUUCUAAUAAAAUAUUUUUUUAA